GGAAGAACACUUCAAGAUUGUGCUUGAGAGGAGCAGCGUUUACAAGCCAUGUCCGUCUCCGACAGUCCUGCAUCCUCCGUCUGUAUGUUUGCUCUCCAUCAUCAGUCCUCCCUGAACCCUGACUCCAGCAGCAUGAGCGCUCAGAUGCCUCAGAUGGACACGGGUCUGUACGGCCAGCCCAUGGCCUUUCCCAAGACGCCGGACGGCCGGAGCAUGGAGCAGAUGAUGGGCUUCGUGCCGUACUCCUCGUGUCUGACCCCCAGCAGCACUGAGCGAGCACAGCAGAAUCAGCAGGAUUUUUCUCAGUUUCUUCUGCCGCCCCCGGCCUCCACCCUGCGGCCGAUGGGACAGAAGCGCGGCCCGAGCAAAGACAGCGUGGAAUACCGUCUGCGCAGAGAGCGCAACAACAUCGCGGUGAGGAAGAGUCGCGAUAAAGCGCGCCGGCGGGUCCAGCUGACCCAGCAGAGGGCGCUGCAGCUCCAGAACGAGAACCACAGCCUGCAGCUACACAUCCAGCGCCUGUCGCACGAGGUGGAUGCACUCAGACACUAUCUGUCACAGCGCCACCUUCAGGCCAAAGAGCAGGACGCCGCUGGAGAUGGCAUCUGCUGA